AGCCACUACACAGCCUCCGCUCACUCUCCGCUUCUCCCCAGGGACCAUGGCCCAGGUCGAAAAGUCCACCCUCCCCGUGGAAAAGGAGGAGUCGUCGGAGAGCAGGAUGGUGGUGACCUUCCUCAUGUCCGCUCUGGAGUCCAUGUGUAAAGAAUUGGCCAAGUCCAAGGCAGAAGUGGCCUGCAUUGCUGUAUACGAGACAGACGUGUUUGUGGUGGGCACCGAGCGAGGACGGGCCUUUGUCAGUGCCAGGACAGACGUGCAGAAGGACUUUGCCCGCUACUGUGUGACAGAGGGGCUGCCUGAAUCUCAGCGGCUGUGCCCCCCAGACGAGACCCCCACAGACGCGGGCGAGAGGGCUGAGCUCCAGAAAGCCGUGGAAGACCAUUUCUGCACUAGUUACGGCAAGGCCUUGGGGACGACAGCACCAGUGCAGAUCCCCUACGAGCAGGUGUUGGGGAACCCUGAGGCACUGACCAUCCGGGGGCUCCCUCCAGGGAUCCCCCUGCAGUCCCCCGAGCACUAUGACUUGGAGACCCUGCGGUGGAUCGUGAAGAACAAAGCCGGGAUCUCUGUUGUCAUAAACAGAGUCCCCGCUGGUUCACUGCUUCUGCUUUCUUACAGACCUUUCCUGGGCCCUGUUACCCCACUGGGUGGGACCAGCGUGGGAGCAGUUUUGGAGAGUUCCACGGCACCAACCAGUGAGAGCUGUGGCCCCAUCACUGUGAAGGCAGAACCCAUGGAAGAUUCCGGCUUGUCUUUGAAAGCUGCAACUGUGUCAGUCAAGAAAGAAUCAGAAGAUCCCAAUUACUACCAGUACGAUAUGUCAGGCCAGCGGUCCGGCUCCGGCAGGGACGCCUCGGACAUGGACCUACCCAUGGAAGAUUCUGCUCAGCUUGGCCCUUCUAAAACAAGUGAGGACUUGGAAGCUGAGGUGAAAACUGAAGGAAACACUAGCUCUGCCACCAGCACAACUUCUGCGGCCAGUGUUGAAGAUCUUAACAUCGUCCAGGUGGCAGUCCCAGAUAAUGAGAAGGAAAGAUUAUCGAGCAUUGAAAAGAUAAAACAACUAAGGGAACAAGUCAAUGACCUCUUUAGCCGCAAAUUUGGCGAGGCCAUCGGCGUGGACUUCCCUGUGAAGGUGCCCUACCGGAAGAUAACCUUCAACCCGGGCUGUGUGGUCAUCGAUGGCAUGCCCCCAGGGGUGGUCUUCAAGGCCCCCGGCUACCUGGAGAUCAGCUCCAUGAAGAGGAUUUUGGAUGCGGCUGAGUUCAUCAAAUUCACAGUGCUCCGGCCGCUGCCAGGCCUCGAGCUCAGCAAUGUGGGAAAACGAAAGAUCGACCAAGAGGGCCGCGUCUUUCAGGAAAAGUGGGAGAGAGCGUAUUUCUUCGUGGAGGUGCAGAACAUCCCCACAUGCCUGAUCUGCAAACAGAGCAUGUCUGUGUCCAAGGAAUACAAUCUGCGGCGCCACUACCAGACCAACCACAGUAAACACUACGACCAGUACACGGAGCAGAUGCGGGAUGAGAAGCUGGAGGAGCUCAAGAAAGGCCUCCGCAAGUACCUUCUGGGCUCCUCGGACAUGAUGUGCCCCGAGCACCGAAAGGAGCUGGAGGAGGCGCAGGCCCUGGAAGAGGCCGGCCUGCAGCCAGCCGAGGACGUGGCCGGCAGCCUGUGGGAGAAGUUACGGGAGAAGAUCCGCUGCUUCGUGGCCUACUCCAUUGCCAUCGACGAGAUCACAGACAUCAACAACACAGCCCAACUGGCCCUUUUCAUCCGAGGCGUGGACAGCAACUUCGAUGUGUCAGAAGAGCUCCUGGACACGGUGCCCAAGACAGGCACCAAAUCUGGUCACGAGAUCUUUUUGCGCGUGGAGAAGUGCCUCAAGAAAUUCAACAUCGACUGGGCCAAGCUGGUGAGCGUGGCGUCCACAGGUACGCCGGCCAUGGUGGACACCAGCGAUGGGCUGAUCCCCAAGCUCCAGGCCAAGGUGGCAGCCGCCUGCAAAGGUUCAGCCCUGAAGUCAGUAAGCUGCAUCAUUCACCCUGAGGCCCUGUGCGCGCAGCGGUUGCACAUGGAACAUGUCAUGAGCGUGGUGGUGAGCGCCAUCAACUGCAUCUGCUCACGUGGCCUCAACCACGGCGAGCUCACCACCCUCCUGUAUGAGCUGGACAGCCAAUACGGCAGCUUGCUCUACUGUACCCAGCUCAAGUGGCUCAGCCGUGGGCUGGUGCUCCGGCGCUUCUUUGAGUCCCUGGAGGAGAUCGAUGCCUUCCUGGCAUCCCGGGGAAAAGCCGUCCCUCAGUUGAGCUCCCCGGACUGGAUCCGAGACCUGGCUUUCUUGGUGGACAUGACCACACACCUGAAUACGCUGAGCCUCUCCCUGCAAGCGCACUCACAGCUCAUCACACAAAUGUAUGACCUGCUCCGAGCCUUCCUGGCCAAGCUGGGUCUCUGGGAAGCACACCUGGCAAGGAAUAACCUGGCCCACUUCCCCACGCUGAAGUCAGUCUCCCGAAGUGAGAGCGACGGCCUGAACUACAUCCCUCAGCUGGCCGAGCUCCAGAUCGAGUUCCAGCAGCGCCUGGGUGACUUCCAGGCCUACGAGCAGGAACUGAGCCUCUUCAGUGCCCCAUUCUCAGCUGGGGUGGAAAAUGUGCAGGAAGCCCUGCAAAUGGAGGUGAUCGACUUGCAGUGCAACACAGUGUUGAAGGCCAAGUAUGACAAGGUGGGCAUCCCCGAAUUCUGCAAGCAUUUGUGGAGCAGCUAUCCCAAGUAUCGGCAGCAUUGCGCCAGGAUCCUAUCCAUGUUCGGGAGCACCUACAUCUGCGAGCAGCUCUUCUCCAUCAUGAAGCUGAGCAAGACCAAGUAUGGCUCCCAGCUGAAGGACACGCCCUGGGAGUCGGUGCUCCAUGUGGCCACGUGAGCCAGGGACACAGUGUGCUCGAUGCCAUCCUGAGACUCACCUACCACAGUCCUGGUUCGAGAGACAAGCCAAUGGAGGCUCUCGGAGUUUCUUUUUUCACUUU